AUGGAGGAAUUGGAUCCUGAUGCUCUCCGUAUUCAUGCUAAAACUCCAACCGGCAUUGUGAUGUCCGAAAGGCUCGAGACCCCUGCGGUGGACUCUGCUGACUCCGAAGAGCACUCUGACCAUGAAAGUUCUCUACUUCCUCAACGUAUGCUUUCUCAAUGUAUGCUUUCCCGUUGCCAUGUUACAGCUCAUUACCAGGAUGAUGGCAGUACUUAUGAAGAAGCCAUGCAAGAAACAUUAGCUCGUGACGUAGAAAAUUUUAUUGGUCACAGAGGUUCACGUCUACGGAAGAAGCAGGAGACCGUCAAAAAUCGUUAG